CGUCGCCCAAGCCCACCACUCCCCGGUUGGACGCUGAGACAUUACAGCACGCAGUCGCUGGCUUACGCAAGACCGAGCACGGUCGAUCGUUACAAGGUGACAUCGAGAAUUUAUCCAAUGGACGAUUGGACGGAACGGAUCAACAAUUGUCUCGACGACAUUGGCCGAACAGCUCGUUCGAUGUCACGUUGGAAGGAAAUCAAACCGGAGCGACGUUUCAUGCUUCGUCCAAUGAUACCUGUGUCCCUAUGCCGGUCAGGAACAUUUAUCGAAACUCCGAUGCGCUAAAUAACACAUUAUAUACUGAACGGUCACCAUUUCAACAACAAUCACAAACUAUGCCAUUCUCAUCUUAUCAUAGUAAUCAUCAACAAUCACGAACUACGCCAUUUUCAUCUUAUCAUAGUAAUCAGCAACAAUCACAAACUACGUCAUUUCCAUCUUAUCACAGUAAUCAACAACAAUAUUCGUUUUCUCAAUAUCAAAGCAGCAAUGAAACAAUACCUAAUGAAAUACCGUAUAUCACGAAUCCGAAAUCGUAUAUUCGAGCAUACGCAACACAAACACCAGCUUAUACAGUAAUGGAUGUGCCAGGAGACGCCUAUCAGGGUGUUAACAAUAAUUAUCAUAACACAGGACGACAUGUACCAUACAGUAAUAUCAAUAAAUCUUACCAAUUUGUUAAAGACCUGCGAGAUCAAAGUUUAACGAAAACGCAACGUAUCGCAAAUCAAUUCCAGCAAUCGCAACUUCGCGAUCUACCAGCACCACAAAGCAUGGGAAGUAUCUAUGAACAAAAGGAACGUCUUGGUCGUGAUCAGAUUGAUUUACUGAUUCGUGACAUGGAAUGGAAGCUAAGAACCGGUGCAGAAGAUAAGUGCUGUAAAUGUGGUGGAAGUAUAAGUAAUGAUCGUCCUGGUUGUACAGCAAUUGGUGAAAUGUUUCAUAUAACAUGCUUCACAUGUAAGGAAUGUAAUAAACAACUUGCUGGUGGAUCAUUUUAUAAUGUUGAUGGGCAACCACUUUGUGAGGAUGAUUAUGUGAAGUCAUUAGAAAAAUGUGGCAAUUGCGGUAAACCGAUUACGGAGAAGCUAUUACGUGCAACCGGUAGUGCUUAUCAUCCAGAUUGUUUCGUAUGUACCGUUUGCAAAAAAUGCUUGGAUGGAGUUCCGUUUACCGUUGACUCAACCAAUAAAGUACACUGUGUCGUGUGUUUCCAUGAAAAAUUUGCUCCACGAUGUGCAGUAUGCUUGAAACCAAUCGUACCCGAAGAAGGUCAAGAAGAAUCAGUACGAGUUGUUGCGAUGGAUAAAAGUUUUCAUGUAAAUUGCUAUCGAUGCGAAGAUUGCAACAUACAAUUAAGUUCCAAAAUUGAAGGACAAGGGUAA